AUGGAUUAUUCCUAUUUAAAUCAAGCGGGUUUUGAUUCGUCCUGUCUGCAAGGUACCACCAUGGAUCCUACGGGGUUGACGAAUAUGCCUUGUUCUUAUGGGGAUUUGACGUCUUGCAGUCAGAUGUCUCAGGCGGCUUAUAGAUAUACAGCCGCCGCCGCUUCUAUGGCUCGAUCUUAUAAUCCCGCAACUGGGGGGCCUAUGGGGGUACAUCAUCCUGUUACUGCUGGAUCGCAAUGUGCCGUUAUGGGAUCCAGAUCUCAUGUACAAGAUGUCCAUAGGGCUACCAUGUUUCCAGCUACCAUGAAUUUACAAAGUGGUCUUCCAUACAAAGUUUACCCAGGACACGAUGGAGUUCUUACCGAAAAGAGAAAACAACGUAGAAUACGAACCACUUUCACCUCGGCUCAAUUGAAAGAGCUGGAAAGAGCUUUCCAAGAAACCCAUUAUCCCGAUAUUUACACCAGGGAAGAAAUUGCCAUGAAGAUCGAUUUAACGGAAGCGCGAGUACAAGUGUGGUUUCAAAAUAGGAGGGCGAAAUUUCGAAAACAAGAACGGUUAGCUCAACAAAAAACUUCGAAUAUAAAUUCGGAUAGUCCGAAUCCGACAACGAAUAUCAAAGCGGAAAACGGCGGUAACAACAAACAUCAAGUCAAUAGCAGUAAAGACAAUAUCAAACCCGGAUCUCCAAAUUCCAGUAUAUCCACAACGCCAAAUUCCAAUACGAGUAGCGUAUCUAGUCUCCAUUCGAAUAACGGCGAUGUUAAAACUAUUAACGGCAAUUCCGGUAAACAGACCGAAGAAGCAAUUUCGAACAACAACAAAUGGUCCUCGAUGAGUCCACAAUCCUGCAAUACGGCGUUAUUAGUUCAACAGGCGAAUAAAGUUUUAUCGCAACCGAAUCACCUGCAAUCGCAUCAUAAUUCGCAUGUGGCCGCUGCCGCGGCUGCAGCGCUUUCUUCGCCGUUCACGUCGCUUUUAGGAGCGACAGGUGGCGCUGCUUCGUAUUUACUCGGCGAUCAUUUAAAACCGACGGCGGCGAAUCAUUUAUUCUAA